AAGAACGAGGAACUACUUCGCACCACAUUGAAAACACAUUUUCUGGAAGAAGCAAAGAGAAUGUCUUCGCACUUUUGUUCAACUUAGUACGUGGGAACUUCAUGGGAACUUUUUCGUGUGUUGAGAAUGCAGUUCGGGACCACGGCAGCGCUCGCCGCGGCGACGGUGGCCGUCGCGCUCACGGCCGUCUACGUCUUCUACGCGAGGCGUUACUCGUACUGGCGCAAGCGAGGCGUGCCGCACUUGAAACCCGUGCCCAUCCUGGGGAACAUGAACUUAUUCAUGAGCGGCUUCAAAGUCCUCCUGGAGAGGCUGGAGCAGUUCCGAGACGAGGGCGUGUGCGGCCUGUUCAUGUUCUCCAGUCCCGCCCUCGCCGUCUGGGACCCGGAGAUGGUGAAGCAGGUCCUGUGCAAGGACUUCUCGAGCUUCCACGACCGCGGCAUGCCGUACGACGAGGCGGACCCUCUCAAGUGGCGCAACCUGCGCACCAGGAUGUCGCCCACCUUCACGUCCGGGAAGAUGAAGCGCAUGCUGCCGCUCAUGCGCGAGGCGGCCGACGACCUGCGCGACGCCCUCGCCGAGGGGGCGGCCAGGAGCGAGGGCAGUGAGGUAGACAUGCUUCUCUUCUUGCACCGUUUCUCCACGGACGUGAUCGGUUCCUGCGCUUUCGGCAUGCGCUGCAACUGCCUGCGCGAAGAGAACAACAAGUUCCUCGCCAUGUCGCGCAACCUGCUGCGGCAGACUUUCGGACAGCUUCUGCGCGUCAUGCUCAACUCUUUCAGCCCAAGGCUGGCCGCAUUAUUGCCGAUGCGGUUCCUCUUCCCGGAGGAACACCAAUUCUUCCUCACCCUGAUGCGCGACACGGUGGAGUUCCGCGAGAAGAACAAGGUGCAGCGCCACGACUUCGUCGACCUCAUGAUGCAGCUGCGCGAUGCCGGCCUGGACCACAGCGACCCGGACAACCACGUGGAGCUGACGACCAACAUGAUGGCGGCGCAGGCGUUCAUCUUCUUCGUGGCCGGCCUGGACAACGUGUCGAACACUCUGGGAUACUGCCUGAAUCGGCUGUCCAUCGACCAAGCGCUGCAGGACCGAGUGCGCGCCGAAGUGGACGACGUGCUGCGGCGCCACGGCGGCGACCUGUCCUACGAGGCCCUCAAGGAAAUGGACCUCGUCAACCGCACAAUCCUCGAGGGCCUCCGUCUGUGGAACCCAAUCGGUGUCCUCUUCCGGAGGUGCAACGCCACGACCAAGGUCGGGGACCUGGUGGUGGAGGAGGGCACGGCGGUGUUCGUGCCGGCCGUCAUGCUGCACAUGGACCCCGACCUGUUCCCCGAGCCGGCGCGCUUCGACCCGGACCGGCACACUGCCGAGGCGCAGGCGGGCCGCCACCCCUACUCCUUCAUGCCCUUCGGGGAGGGCCCCCGCGUCUGCAUCGCGUCGCGCUUCGCCCUCAUGGAGCUGCGGCUCGCCCUCGCCGUCCUCCUGCGCGACUUCGCCUUCAGCCCGGGGCCCAAGUUCGAGCGGGACAUCGAGCUGGACACCAAGCACCCCCUGCCCACUCCCAAGAAUGGGAUCCGACUUCGCGUGACGGCGAGGGAUCGGAAGCAGCCUCGUGAAGACGAGCUGUCUUAGCGCGUUCGCCGAAGAGACGAAGGACUUAACAAGCCUGGCCAGCAACCCCUUCGCUCGUCGCUGAAAGAAGAACAAAAGGAAUCAAAAUGCAGGAACCGGUAGCGGCCGAUGCUGAGAGCUCCGUCCAAACCAACGCUUUCAGGGUUCAGCUUUUGACUGUCCUCACUUGCGGUUACUGGAUUUUAGAUUACUGUACACUCAGAGGGUUUGUACAGAAGAGGGUUUGACUUUCGAACCCACACCUUGGCUCGAAUAAACCAGCCUUACGUAGGAUCGAACCCGUCUCGGUUCGAAAAUAGGACACGGUGGCGUAUACAUCUAUGGUUCGAUAUUUUGUCAAGAUGAGGGUUCGGUUUUCAGCUUUGUAAAUCAGAUAAGCAUUACCUUGCAGAUUUAGAUUAAUCUAAAUCUGCAAGGUUAUCACGAAAAGACAAACAUUAAAUGUCAACACAUGUCAAGGGUCAAAAUGGAAAAUGAAAGAGUUAUUGGAUUUUUGGAGGGCUUGGUCACAAAGCCAUAAGAAGUUCAAUAACUUGUCUAGUUUCCAUUUUCACCCAUCACAUGUGUUGACAUUGUUUGUCUUCUUCAGACGAACUCAAAUCUGUAAGGUGAUGUGUGUUUGCUCAUGUCUGAAAAUUGACGCCAGGUGCUUCCCUGCGAAUGUCCGCAGAGCCAAAAGCCGGCGAAGCGGUCGGAAAUCCCCCUGUCCGAAAAUCGGACCCCCUAGGGUUCGACUCUACUUGCGCCCGAUUUUGAAACUGAGCGACUAUUGGGACCACCUUUUCACUGUUCGAAAAUGGAGCCCCCAUUGCUCUCGGACUCGCUAUUGACAAUUUUUCCUAUCUCUGGAAAUUUGUGCAACACUAAUAAGUUACUUACGCUUUUCUGAUUGUUGUCAGCAUUUUUGUUACUGACAAAAUCAAUUCCUAAAUGAUCUUAUGCAGCAAAUUGUUUGUAUCAAAGAAGAAAGUACUACAUUAUGUUGUAGGCCAUAUAGUACACUGAGAUUCCAAACGCUAUGAGUAGCACAUAUGGUCCAAUGCACUGAGAGACCGCACCAUUCGUGCAAUGCCAUAGCCAUAUUGCAACUAACGUGCAAUACAACCCGGAAAAUGCCCUUUAGUUUUACGCAUGGAAUGCUGCGGGUCCACGUCGUGAGGUGCUGGUGACACCCUAAUUAGGUCAAUCCAGCAUCUCCUGAUUCCGUAGAUCAUAAGGAUCAUUUGCUUUCGUACCUGAAGCGGAUCAGGGGCUGGAGAUAGGGACGUCAUGCAGACCGUGACUGGGACAUAGACUAUGUUUAGUUUUUGAAACAGAGUCCGAGGAGGACCUCUGCAUUACUCAUAACAACAUCGAAGGUUAAGUUUUUAGUUUGUAGAAAAUUAAAUUUCAUGUCAUA